AUGCCGGUCCGUAGGGGCCACGUCGCACCCCAAAACACUUACCUGGACACCAUCAUCCGCAAGUUCGAGGGCCAGAGUCGUAAGUUUCUGAUAGCCAAUGCUCAGAUGGAGAACUGCGCCAUCAUUUACUGCAAUGACGGCUUCUGCGAACUCUUUGGCUAUUCCCGAGUGGAAGUGAUGCAGCAACCGUGCACCUGCGACUUCCUUACAGGCCCCAACACCCCAAGUAGUGCUGUGUCCCGCCUGGCGCAGGCCCUGCUGGGGGCUGAGGAGUGCAAGGUGGACAUCCUCUACUACCGAAAGGAUGCCUCCAGCUUCAGAUGCUUGGUGGAUGUGGUACCCGUAAAGAAUGAGGAUGGGGCUGUCAUCAUGUUCAUCCUCAACUUUGAGGACUUGGCCCAGCUCUUGGCCAAGAACAGUAGCCGAAGCCUGACCCAGCGCCUGCUGUCCCGCAGCUUUCUGGGCUCUGAGGGCUCUCACGGCAGGCCAGGUGGACAGGGGCCUGGCCCAGGCAGGGGCAAGUACAGGACUGUCAGCCAGAUCCCACAGUUCACGCUCAACUUCGUGGAGUUCAACCUGGAGAAGCACCGCUCCGGCUCCACCACAGAGAUCGAGAUCAUUGCUCCACGCAAGGUGGUAGAGCGAACACAGAACGUCACUGAGAAGGUCACUCAGGUCCUGUCCCUGGGUGCAGAUGUGCUGCCAGAGUACAAGCUGCAGGCACCACGUAUCCACCGUGGGACCAUCCUGCACUACAGCCCCUUCAAGGCUGUGUGGGACUGGCUCAUCCUUCUGCUAGUCAUCUACACAGCUGUCUUCACGCCCUACUCAGCAGCCUUCCUGCUCAGUGACCAGGAUGAGUCACAACGGGGGGCCUGCGGCUACACCUGCAGUCCCCUCACCAUGGUGGACCUGAUUGUGGAUAUCAUGUUUGUCGUGGACAUUGUCAUCAAUUUCCGUACUACCUAUGUCAACUCCAAUGAUGAGGUAGUCAGUCACCCCCGCCGCAUUGCUGUCCACUACUUCAAGGGCUGGUUCCUUAUCGACAUGGUGGCUGCCAUCCCUUUUGACCUGCUCAUCUUCCGCACUGGAUCUGAUGAGACCACAACCCUGAUUGGGCUACUGAAGACAGCAAGGCUGCUGCGGCUAGUGCGUGUGGCACGGAAGCUGGACCGCUACUCCGAAUACGGGGCAGCUGUGCUCUUCCUGCUCAUGUGCACCUUUGCACUCAUUGCGCACUGGCUGGCCUGCAUUUGGUAUGCCAUUGGCAAUGGGGAGCGGCCCUACCUGGAGCCCAAGAUCGGCUGGCUGGACAGCCUGAGCACUCAGCUUGGCAAGCACUACAAUGGCAGUGACCCAGCAUCAGGCCCCUCAGUGCAGGACAAGUACGUCACAGCCCUCUACUUCACCUUCAGCAGCCUCACCAGCGUGGGCUUUGGCAAUGUUUCACCCAACACAAACUCAGAGAAGGUCUUCUCCAUCUGCGUCAUGCUCAUUGGCUCGCUCAUGUACGCCAGCAUCUUCGGCAACGUGUCCGCCAUCAUCCAGCGCCUGUACUCGGGCACCGCGCGCUACCACACGCAGAUGCUGCGCGUCAAGGAGUUCAUCCGCUUCCACCAGAUUCCCAACCCGCUGCGGCAGCGUCUCGAGGAGUACUUCCAGCACGCCUGGUCCUACACCAAUGGCAUCGACAUGAACGCGGUGCUGAAAGGCUUCCCCGAGUGCCUGCAGGCAGACAUCUGCCUGCACCUGCACCGCUCGCUGCUGCAGCACUGCCCAGCCUUUCGCGGUGCCAGCAAGGGCUGCCUGCGCGCGCUCGCCGUGAAGUUCAAGACCACGCACGCACCGCCCGGCGAUACGCUAGUGCACCUUGGCGAUGUGCUCUCCAUGCUCUAUUUCAUCUCCCGCGGCUCUAUAGAGAUCCUACGCGACGACGUGGUCGUGGCUAUCCUAGGAAAGAACGACAUCUUUGGGGAGCCUGUUAGCCUUCCUGCUCGGCCGGGCAAGUCCAGUGCAGACGUACGGGCCCUGACCUACUGUGACCUGCACAAGAUCCAGUGGGCAGACCUGCUGGAAGUGUUGGACAUGUACCCUGCCUUUGCAGACAGCUUCUGGAGUAAGCUGGAGGUCACCUUCAACCUGCGGGACGCAGAUGGAGGUCUCCAGUCAUCACCCCAGCAGAACCCCAGCAGACAAGACCACCAAGGCUUCUUCCUCAAUGACAACCAGUCAGGUGAGCACAGCCAGCCCCUGCCCCAUCUUCUGCCCCUUCUUGCUCCUUUCCAGGGCUACAGCCUCUCGGGUCCUGGAAGUCCAACCUCCAUAGUAGCAAGACCUCAUGCUCCAGGAUACCCAGGUGCACCACCAUCCCUGGGUAUCUCAGAUGCAUCUGGCCUCUGGCCUGAGUUGCUGCAGCAAAUGCCUCCAAGGCACAGGCCACCAAACCUGCAGCAGGGGCCAGACUGCUGGUCUCAGGAGCUAGGCUCCAGGCUAGAGCAGCUCCAGGCCCAGAUGGACAGAUUGGAGUCCUGCAUGUCGUCAGAUCUCAGACACAUCCUGCAGCUGCUUCAGCAGUCCAUGCCACAGAGCCACACCAGCUACAUCCUGGAAGGCCCUGCCUCAAAUGACCUGGCCUUGUUUCCUUCGGCCUCAGCAACUCAGAGUCCAAGGCCCACACUAACCCUGGGCCAUCUGCCCCCUGCACAGAACCUACCUUAUGGUGACCUGAACAGAUGUGCACCGAAACACAGGAGUUCCUCUUCCAGGAUGCCUCACCUGGCUGUGGCAGUAGACAAAACCUUGAUGACGUCCCUGGAACAGGAGCAGCCUGAAGGGCUCCUGUCACCCCUGGCCUCACCUCUGUGUCCCCUAGAGGUACAGGGACUUGUCUGUGGUCCUCGCUUCCCCUCCCUCCCUGAACACCUUGGAUCUGUUCCCAAGCAGCUGGAGUUCCAGAGAUAUAGCUCAGAUCCUGGAUUCACAAGGAGUUAAGGCCACUGAACCCCAAGAUAAAAGCCACCACAAGGAGAUUAAAGGUGGCUGAGAACAGAGUUAAGGAUGUUGGGGGGAAGCAGACAGGCCCCAAGACAGGACUCUGAAAACCAUUCUCCUAGAGUAAGUACAAACUGCUGACCCAGAUGAGCCCAGGUAACACAGAGGCUCAGGACUUUGACCAGCCCUCCUUGGGAGCUCUGCAUAGACAGCACGUCCUGCCAAGGGUUGGGGAGCUCAGGUGCAGAGGUAGGUUACAGGAUAGAGAGAUCAGUGAGGGAAGGAGAAGUUUCUGAUCUUCCUUGUGAGUCUUGCUCUGGGCUGUGUGUGUGAUCACUCCUGGCUCAAAACCAGUCACCACCUCAAGGUCCAGUACCAAGGGACAGGCUUGGACAGACCAUCUGCCAAGAGCCUCUGACUGGGCUAGAGGUAAAGGUGUCCUCUGUGGUAGACAUGGGGGACCAGAACUUCAGUCCUUAGCCCCUUCAUCCCUGAUAGUCCCAUGACAAUAUGUGGGUCCCUUGAAGGCAGUAGAAUGUCAUGCAGCUAAUAAAAUCAACAUAUUUCA